GAGAGAGAGAGAAGCUAAGGGGGGAGGAGAGAGAAACCUUAUCCAUUCCACCCCUUUAUAAAAGCAGAUCAAAACCUCCAUUAAGAAGCAGCACAUUUACAAAUCAUUUCAUCAAAGGGAGUUUUCUCAGAAGCCAAAGAGUGAAGAGAGAGAGAGAGGAGAAAAAAAUUGUUGCAAUCAAAAUCAAUUUUCAAUCGGUUGAUUCGAUAUAGAUAUAAUUAUUAUAUAUGGCUCAAAGCUACUUCGCCAGAUCGAACUACAGAUUCCUCCAGGGCGAUCAGAUCCUCAAUAAGGACUCGAUGAUCUUCGAGCUCGACGAGUCCGACGUAUGGGAUUCCGCCGCCGUCCGUUCGCAGUCGCCGGAGAUGCGGAAGCCGAGUUCCAGAAUAUCCAGGAAGCCGAGUUCUAGAGGUGUGGGGAUGGAUCGGCCGGCGUCGUUGCCGGUGAAUGUUCCCGAUUGGUCGAAGAUAUUGAAGGAGGAAUACAGGGAGAAUCGGCGGAGGGAAAGCGACGACGAAGAUUGCGACGAGGCGGAGGCGGAGGAGAUCAACGGAGAGUGGAUUCCGCCGCACGAGUUUCUGGCGAGGAACAGGAUCGCAUCCCUAUCGGUGCACGAAGGCAUCGGGAGGACUCUGAAAGGGAGAGAUCUGAGCCGGCUUAGAAAUGCAAUUUGGCAGAAAACCGGGUUUCAGGAUUAGAUUUUAAUUAAUCCGCGGUUAUGUUAAUUAAUUCAAUUUAUUAACGAUGAUGAUGAGGUUUUUUGUUUUCCUUUCUUCCUCCUCCUUUUUUUCUUCCAUACAUCUCGGCUUUAGAUUUUUCAUUUUUAUUUUUUUUGGUUCGAUUUUCCGGCCUAUGCUUUUUCUCGUGAGUCCAAUUGUUGAUCGUUGCAUUCUCGCAUGCAUUUGGCAGAGGAAUUUAGAGAGAUACUCCUAUAUUAUGAUUACUGAAUUUAUUUUUACGUUUAUUCCUUCUUUGUUUUGAGUUUUUGACUGUUUCGUUUAUUGGAAUUUGGGGAAGAAACCCAAAUUAAUUUGAAACUUGAAGUCGUUUCAGACGACACGGAA